AUGCUCAGUUCAAUGACUUACGUCGCAUAUUCAGCCAACUUGGACAGCCGCCCACAACUAGAUAUAUCUUCCUUGGAGGUAAAAACUAAAAUUCUAAAAUGCCUUCAGGCUACUAAAAAUAAUUUCUUUUCAAUUUUAGAUUAUGUAGAUCGAGGGCCACAAAAUUUGGAAACAAUUGUAUUGUUGCUGUGCUACAAAGUCAAGUAUCCAGCUUGUUUCUACCUUGUUCGCGGAAAUCACGAAACAAGUCCGGUCAACGCCAUCUAUGGAUUCAAGUCAGAGCUUGAACAGAGAUAUGGCCAAAGAGAUAACAUCGGCCUGUUUUGGAUGUUCAAUGAUGCGUUUGCUCAAAUGCCGUGUAGUGCUCUAAUAGGAGAUCGGAUUCUCUGUAUGCACGGAGGCCUGUCGCCAGCACUGACUGAAAGAGAUCAACUACGACUUAUUAAACGCGGAUGGCAAGAUCCUCAAGGCGUCAAUAUAGCAAUGGAUUUGCUUUGGUCUGAUCCUGAGCCUGGAACAAAAGGAUGGAAGUCUAGUCCGAGAGGGUGCAGCUAUUUAUUUGGAGAUGAUAUACUGUCAGAUGCUUGUCGCAAACUUGAUGUGGACGUAAUUGUAAGGGCUCACCAAGUUGUACAAGACGGAUACGAAAUACAUCCAACUCAAAAAUUGGUUACUGUGUUCUCUGCACCAAACUAUUGUGGAGAGGCAAGAAAUCAUUGA